UCUCAACUUUCUCCAUCUUUCUCUCUCACUGGAACUCCAAACAAGCCCAGCCUGUUCAGCUCAUCAGCUUCUCUCUCUGUGGUUCCGUUUGCGCCCUUUCCCUCUCACCUAUUCGCUGGUGUGGAAUCCCCAAACAGAGGGAUCUUAUAGAAGGCGUCUCCGAUCAAUUGGCUGGAGCAAAGACCUAGCAGCAGUGGUGCUCCUCGUGGAGGAAUCUGGAAAAGCAUCUCAUGCAGUGUACCGAUCAUUCCAGUACUAACAAGAAGAAUUGAGUUUUACCGGUAAAAACUCUGAUGGAGUUAAGAAGUUGCACUCAUUUGCACUUCAUCCAAGCUCUGAAAGGUGGUUUACCGGUAAAAACUCUGAAUGUGGCUCGUGGAAGGCCAGUUCUCAAAUUCAAGAAGUUGAUAGACAUAUGUGAAACAUUAGAUGCCAAAAAUGGUGAUUCGUUUCCAGCAAUUCCACCAAAAGAUGAGUUCAGGGGCUUGUUUAUGGACAGGGAUUGGGUCAUGGGCGAAAGUACAAGGAACUGUACUGUGCGAAAUAUAACAAUCAAAACUGAACGUGAAGAUUCUGGUUUUAAUAGUAGCGACAACAAUGAUGGAAGAGAUGAUUUGGAUGGCUUUGGUUAUAUGACACUGAAGCAGAUCAAAGAGACAUGCAAGAGCAAGAAAAGAAAACGUUCAAAAUCUGUUGAUUUGAACAAAAAACUUGAAAUGUGCUGCCCUAAAAAGCAAGAGUAUUCUGAGUUGCAAACUGAUGAAGAGGAUUGUGAUCUCAUAGAGCCUCUUAGUAAUUGGAAAGUUAAACUCUCAAAGAAGGCAAAUGCCAAGACUAAGAGCAAGCGUGUGAAAAAUUGUGUCUCUACUGUGUCUCAAAGUGCCAUAUUGACUACCAAAUUGGAACACAUCCCAAGUGAGCCGGAGACAUUCCAAUUCAGUCAAGAUGUGCCUACACCUGUUUUUGACAUUAAAGUAGAGGUUCCUGAAACUGAUUCUUCAGAUUUCCAAAACACAACCUGUUUUCUUGGUAAUACCUCUUUGGCUUGUGACAAUCAGGUGGGUUCUUGUGAAGUGAUGCCUAAUGAAUUACCUGAGACAGCUGCUGAUUGUGUUUCCAGGACUGGGUUACCAAUUUCAUUAACAAAAGAAAGUCAGAUUUGUGGUGUUGAUGAAGACUGGUACGAAGAUAUGGAAUAUGAUAAUCCCACGCCAAUUCAGAUUCUAACUACCUCAGGUUGGGAUAUUAUUAAGGUAGAUGAUCCAGAGAUAACCAGUUACCAGUGCUUCGAUUUUCCUUUAUUAGAAUAUAACAUAGAAGGAUAUAUCACGGAUUCGGUUCACCCUGACAUCUUCAUUGAAGCAAUAUCUUCAUCGCAAGAUCAUAAUUUUGAUACACAUGAAACUCUUUCCUCUGAGGAUGAAAGGUUAUACCAGACUAACAGCGAGACCCAGGUCCAAAUGUCCAAUAUGGCUGUUGAUGAUUCCUUUCAGUGCAAGGGACCUAUUAAUGGAACUGAUGGAUGCCUGCCUGAGGCUGACAACAGAGCUGAUGUAAUGUCUAAUGUUGAAGCCAGCGCUAGCUCCAUUAGUGACUGUGGCUUGGGCUCUGGUAGCUGUUUGGUUUCUGCUGCUGCUGAUUCUCCCAUGGCUGAGGAGGAGAAGCAAUCCCAAACGUUUCCCUGUGCUGUUGCAGAAAGAAACUUGUCUCCGGGGAUCUUUUCUUCUGAUGCUAAUGACGAGCUUACAACACUAGUGAAUGGUGGGAGUCCAGAUUUAAAGCAGCAACGUCCUCCUCAAAGGCUCUUUCAGACCAGAAAGAUCAUUUCACCAGCUUCCCAAGAAAAAUUGUGUAAGGCUAUGAAGUCAAUUGAGUUACAGGACGAAGAUAUCUCAAAGAUACAUCGCACUUGCAAGGGGAAUCUAUGUUUUGGAAAACAAGUAGAGAAUACAAUUGGUGGAGCUGGAGGCCCUGAUCAGAUCAGGAGAGCUAUCAAAACGCAAAACAAUAGGAAUUCCAAAUAUGAGAAGAUUCAUUCCCAUCCUAAAGGCAUCCCUAAAGGUUCUAAUGUUUCUGCUGCAGCACCGCGUUUUAGCACAGGAUGCACUUCUAUCCGAGCCUGUUCAGAGAGUGCCAUUGCAUUCUCACAACGCCAGAUGCAUGACAUUGAAUGUCUUGCAACAAAACUCUCAAAUGAGUUAAAGACCAUGAAGGAAAUUGCGGAAGAAAGAUUACAGCGUGAAGCGUAUCCUGCCACAUCCUUGAGAUACAAUGCAAAUGAGGCGAGGAUGGCAAUUAAGAAUGUAACAAGAGUUGAAGCAUCUGCUAGAAGAUUGCUUUCCAUGAUGUCGAGGGAUUGUAACCGGUUUUGUAAAAUCAUGAAAAUGGCUGACAAUGGUUCUAAUGCUUCUGAGAACGUUGCAAACAAGGAAAAGAAGAUUACUUUUGCUGAUGAAGCUGGGGAAAAGCUCUGUCAUGUCAAAUUUUUUGAGAAUGACAUGGCAUCAUUUCCGGAAAUUGAUGGCGAUCAAGAGCAGGAAUUUCUGCUUAAAUAACUUGAAAAGCUUGCUUGCUUGUUGUACAUGUAUAUUUUAUUUUCUGCAUGAUUGAGGCUGCACAAUUUAAUAUUAUAGAGUGCUUGUAGUUCCGGCAAGGUUCAUCUCAAUUCUGUUCAUUCAUUACUUUGUAUAAAUUGAAAAUGGAUGAUUCUGAUUUCUGAUA